GAAUUCAAAUUGUGUUUGCAAUCGUGUUUCUUUCUACGUCUGCACUUGACUUGCAUACAUAAUGGCUGAGGCCGUUGUCACCUUCGUCGUUAACCCUCUUAUUCAGCAGGCACUCUCUAUAUUCGCUUCACCGCUCGACAGUAGAAUCAGACAACUCUGGAAUUCAGGGGAUUUGAAGAAGGAGCUGGACAAGCUGAAGGUGUCGCUCGGAUUGAUAGAAUCUGUGCUAAAAAAUGCUGAUCAAAUGCAAAGUGAUGAAGGCACAAGGGUUUGGCUGCAGAGUCUCCAAGAUGCAGUUGAUGAUCUGCGUGAUCUGCGGGAUGAGGAUGCAUAUGGAGUAAACCGGCAUAAAGGUUGGAUUCAAAGCCAAUUCAGGAAACAGGUGCACAAUUUCCUUUUUCCCUCCAAAUCCAUGCUUAGCAAAAUGAAGGAGGUUAAUGAGUCUUUCCAUAGAAUUGUAGAACAAUCAAAUUGUAUUAGACUGAUAAAAGACAACCAAAAUCUUCAAGUUCCUAGGCUAGAAGAAGCUGAUGAGUCAAUUCAUAAUUCUGAAGUUUUGCAAAGGGAUGCUGAUGUCUUAAAAAUUGAAAGAUUGCUGGAUGAGUCCAGCCAGGCACAUCAACUCUCUGGCCUUUCCAUCGUUGGCAUGACAGGUGUUGGAAAGACAGCAUUAGCUGGAUCAAUACGUGAGAGGGCAAGGAGUAAUGUCCUCUAUAAUCAUGUGGUCUGGAUGUCGGAACCCGAGGAUUUUAAAAGAGGGACGAUUUUAAGACAUAUGUUGGACUGUGUUGAUAGUCAUGCUGGUGGAAUGCAAAGUUCCUAUGCAAUGGAAUGUCAUCUUGAAAAAUUGUUUCCAAAUAAAAAAAUUCUUCUCAUCCUUGAUGGUGUAUUGAAGGAAGAUGCUCAGAGGUUGCAACUGUUCAUCUCUUAUCUGCCAAAAAGGUUCAAAACUACCAAGAUCUCUGUUGUCAUAACAACUAGUAAUAAAGAGGUAGCUUCAAUAAUGGGCACAAUUGGUUUGCAUAAGCAUGAAUUGCAAAAGCUAUCAGAUGAUGACUGCUGGUUGAUAAUGGAGGAGAAUGUUCGCAGUUCGUCCAAUGGAACUCCAAUAGAAGAUCCACAGUUGUUGGAUAUUGGAAAAGAUAUUGCAAAACAGUGUGGGGGUUUGCCAUUAGUUGCAGCUGUCUUUGGCAAACACUUGGGCGCUCGUAUUGGGGUCAAUGAGUGGUCAGCUAUCAGAGAUAAUAAAGCAUGGCAUGCACCACAUAGACUGGAGAUUCUGUCUCACCUGAAAAAAAGUUAUGAUCACUUGCCUCCACUUUUGAAAGGAUGCUUUUCCUUCUGUUCAAUUUUUCCAAAAGAAAAAAUUGUUAAAAUUAGUAGAGAUGAAUUAGUUCAGUGUUGGAUGGCUAAUGGGUUUCUUCCCCACAGCAAUUCAGAUAAAGAAGAGGAUGUUGGUAACAAUUACUUCAAUGAUUUGGUAUCCAAUUACUUAUUGGAAGACGUGGAGAUGGAUGAGUGUGGGAAUAUAAAGUUUUGCAAGAUGCAUGAUGAGGUGCAUAAUCUUUCAUUGCUCUCAGCAAAAUAUGAAACAUGUAUUUGGCCGGAUACCCCUCAAGUUGAGGACAGUGUUCGGCAUUUGAGGGUUAAGUCUAAUGGAAACUCUCAAACUGUUCCAGAAGAUGUUCCUCAAAGGUUGCACUCUUUGUUCCUGGAUGUUGAUGUUUUGCGCCUGAUGCCUAAGAAGUCCAGAAGUUUGCAAUCUUUAAAGCUAGCAGCUGCUGAUGCAAAUGGGUUGCAAUCUUCUCUUGGCAGAUUGAAAUAUUACAUGAAAUACCUUGACAUAUCAGAAAGUGCAAUUGAAAGGCUACCAAAAUCUGUCUCCAAGCUCUACAAUUUGCAGACUUUAAGAUUCACAGGCUGCAAUUCAUUGGAAAAGCUCCCAAGUGGUAUUGAAAAUCUAGUCAGCUUGAGGCAUAUUUAUUUUGAUGAAAGUUAUGUGCCAAGUAGCAUUGGGAAAUUAGCUUCUCUUCAGACUCUACCGCUAUUUGUUGUGGGCACAGAAAAGGGUCGGACAAUUGAAGAGCUUAAAUCUUUGAACCAACUCAGAGGAAAACUGAAAAUUUGCAAGCUUGAGCUAGUAUCAUCUCAAUCAGAAGCUAGAGAAGCAAGACUUGAAGAUAAAGGAGAAUUGAUCAAGUUGCAAUUUGUAUGGAGUGAAAACAGAGCCAACAAUCCUGAAGAUAUGGGUGUUCUGGAAGGUCUUCAACCUCCCUCAACAUUGAAAAGCUUAACCAUUGAGAAUUAUAGGGGAGGUAACUGCCCUUCAUGGAUGAUGAAUUUGAAACAGCUUGUGAAGUUGAAAUUGAUUGAUUGUGAUGAAUGUGGUAAUAUUUCAUGCCUUGAACGCUUACCUGAGCUUAAGGUUCUCAAUAUACAGGCAAUGCAUAAUGUGAGUAGGAUAGGCAGAAUGUCUUAUCAUCAAAGCAGCAGCCAAGGUGAAGGAGAAUCAAUCCUACCAGUUCUAGCUUUGAGAAAACUAACAUUAAGGAAGAUGACAAAGCUGGAGGGAUGCGAAACAACACAAGGCAUGGUUGUGUUUUCUUGCCUUGAGGAGUUGCACAUUGGGGAUUGCCCGGAGCUCAAAACAUGGUGCGCAAGCAACAGCCAAGGCAGAGGAGAUUCAAUUAUACCAUUUCCAGUUUUGAAAAAACUUACUUUAAGCAACAUGACAAAGCUGGAGAAAUGGACAGAAGCAGAAGGCAUGGUCGUGUUUCCUUGCCUCGAGGAGUUGCAUAUUGAGCAUUGCCCUGAGCUCAAAACAUGGUGGGCAAGCAGCAGCCAAGGUGAAGGAGAAUCAAUCCUACCAUUUCCAGCUUUGAGAAAACUAACGUUAAGAAACAGAGAAUUGCAAAAGUUAUAUAUGUUGUUCCUCGAACACUCUCUUUCAUCUCCACAUCAUGUUAUUGUUGUGCCUUGAUCAUAAGAUCAAAUAAAAUAAUAAUUAAUAA